UUUCAACUUAAAUGUUGUAUGAAAACGUGUCGACGAAACCCAAAUUCCAUUGAUGGAAUUAAAUCUGGUGGAGAAUUGGAAUUUUUCAAGCAAAAAGAAAAUUGUUUUUAAUAAGAAAAACGUUAAAAUACGUGAGAAUGUGAUUUCCUUAACGGUGAUAAAUAAAAAAGUUUACUAAUGAAAUUGAUAAAGUGUUAGUUUUUUGUGUGUUGAACUACGUGUGUGAAGCUCCCGACCGGGGCUUAUCUACCGCCACCCUCUGGGGUUUUGAAAAAUUUAUAAUAUAUGAAAGAUAUUAAAUUUUAAUUGAUUUACAUUUUAAUACUUAUCUCUGUGUCUAUUUUUCAAAAGAUAAAUAUUAAACAAAUAUUGGAAAAAAUUAUAGAAAACAAAUAAUAAAUAAACAAAUAUGUAAAGCCAUAAAUAUGGGUCACUAAAAGGAAAAUACAUAAUAAAACUAAUUGUAAAUUUCUUAAGCCCUAAGUUUCUGUGAAAUCAUAAAAAAAUUCUUAAAUAAAAAAUUUUAGAAAAUUUAUGAAGUUAAAGUACAACUAUAAAACAAAAUUUCAAACAUAAACCUACUCAUCGAUAACACAUGAAAAGUGCUUUUUACAUUAUAACGGAUUAAGUCAUCUUAACGAUAUUUAAGCGCCACUAACGUUACGGUAACAAAGUUGAAAAAGAGGAGAAAUUCUUAUAAAAUCCAUUUGUAUUGAAAAACAACAAUAAUAAAACAACAAGAAAUAUAACAAAAAAUAACGCAAAAAACAUAAUAUAACAACAUAACAAUUUCGUUGAUAAAACGUGUACAAGUACGUGUAAGAUGGAAAGGAACAAAUAAUGCUAACAAGGAUUAACAAUGGAUUACCUGACAUAAGCAGCUCCCUAACAACAACAACAAUUACAACAACAGCUACGAUAACAACUACAACAACUUAACAAUCUAAAAUAAAAGAAAAAUAAUAAUAAAUAAGAAGUACGUACUACUUCCACUUCUGCCACUACUUCUCUACAAGUUUGGCAAAAGAAAAGAAAAAACUCCAAUUCUUAAGACUUUUCCUUUUUUCUCGAUAAAUAACCCAGCAGGCAAUUAAAAGAUUGAACUAAUGGAUUGAAAAAUUCCGAGAUAAAGAUAAAAAAAUAUAUAGAGCUGUGACAUGAGACAGACAGACAACCCGCAAAUAUGUGUGAAGCAUGAAAACUCAGCACACAAGUCUAACAAUUACAAUCAUCAAUAUUGAAAAGCAAAAAAAAAAAGAACAGAAAAUAUUCUUACAUGUCAACCAACAACAUUCAGACAUACAAAGGUUGUGUUAACUUCAACGUAAAUAGAAACAGUAACACGCACUUUUGAGAUAAAAAUACUAUGAAAUACGAAAUAUGUAACAAAAAUAUUUACAAAUAAUUUGCUAAAAUUAGGAAAUUAAAGCAAAAAAAAUAACAGCAAUAUGUUAAAACGCACCAAAUCAAAUCGUUCUCAAAGAACGAGCAGAAGGCCCUCUGGUCAUAAUGCCGCAAAUAGCGGUAAAUUGGGUUCGCAGCACCAGCAACGUUUGGAGGUGGUCGAUGAUAAGAGAUGCAGUGAUGACGAUUCCUCGCAAUCUUCAGUAACGGGGGCACCAGUUUUUGCUUCUGUCCAUCGGCCUAGACAUGUGGGUAUGAAACGAAAUGAAAAUAACACUGCCACCACCACUGCCGUCGCUCUCGCCACAACAAACAACGGAACUACAGCAGCCAUCAUGCAUACAGGGAAUAAUGCAAUGGCAAUGCAAAGGCCAAGUUAUCAACAAUAUCAGCAGCAAAGAAGAAUACAAUUUCAACAGCAGCAGCAACAACAACAUCAGCAAUUGCAAAAACAAAUGCAUCUACAACAGCCAUAUCAAGUUGUAAACGUUAGGAAUGUACAAAUGAGUGCACAACAACAACAGCAGCAAAAAUUACAAAAACUUAAAGGGUCAACAUAUGAAUUAAACUUCCAGCAACAUCAGCAACAACCAUCUUCAUCAUCGUUACAUCAUCCUCAACAGCAGCAACAACAACAGCAGCAGGGAGUAAAUCAGACACAGUAUUUGCCAGCUGGAAUUGCAAACAUGAAUAGUGCUUCUAAUCGUCCAAGUAUUGGUCAGAUACAACAACCACAACAUUCAAACAAGACCCGUAUACCAAUACAACAUCAAAAGAUGACACCACCACAUCAACAGCAACAACAGCAACUACACCAGCAACAUCAACAACAAGCAACAUUCAAUCAGAUUUCAAAAAAUGCCACUAAUUUAUUGAAUGAUAUUUACGAGCGUAACUUGUUGAAUCAUACAACAUUUCAGGAAAAUGAGCAACAGCAGCAACAACAACAUUUACAAUUUGCCAUACAUCAACAACAGCAGUUGCAACAAAAAACCCUCAGUAGAGCUCAAAUACCCUUGCACAAUCAGUUACAAAACUCCGGACAAAUUUGGUUGCAUAAAAAUCCCAAAGCACAAAUACAUUCAAUGAAAUUACCCACACCACCUGCCCAAACUGCAGUUACACAACAGCAAACAGUCACAUACCAACUUUCCGAUUCGUAUGUGGAUCCUGUGGAUACCAAAAAACAUUUCCUAUUCGAUGCCCACAACCACCAGCCUCCACCACCGCCGGCGCCUUUAAAUCAUGUUUAUGAAACUAUUAAGGAAAGGCCACCCAUUCCACCACCUCCACCAGAACGAAAUCAAAACAUGAAUAAUCCGCCACCAUUGCCACCUUCAAGACUGUUGAAGAAAAAACUAAUGGCAGCGGCAGCCAAUAAUCAAAGUAACACUUCUAAGAGCCACAAAUCUCACAAAAAAUCAGCUCAUGAUAAGGAUCUGGACAAGAAAACCCAUAAUAAUAAAAUGUUGCAUAUACAACCGCCUGCCUAUGUAGCGCCACCACCUCUCUUGGCUAAUGGUACUAAUAAAACACCAGCCCAGUAUCCUUAUAGUUUACAGCAAAGAACCAAAGCGGAUGGAGAACAUAGAAGUAUAUUGUAUCAGCAGUUAAGGGAACAAAAUCAAAAGCAACAACAGCAACAACAAAAUAAAACUCCCACAACAAAUGAAGUUAAUGAAAAAGUGCAACAACUACUAGCAGGCAAUAGUUGCAUAAACAAACAUGUUGCCAUUAAACAACAGCAUCCGCAGUACUCCCAACAACAACAGCAGCAGCAAUGCACGCGUGAACAUCCUUUAGGUGCUCAUGAUGAAAAUCUCAUGCAAGCUCCCCCACUACCAACACAAAAUGCUAACAAUAACAUAGCCCCAACACAUACUUCAACUCCCACUUCCAACCCAGAGUCAAUGAUGAAUAUUACAUUGGAUGAACAUGAUGCCCCACUUUCGGUUGAGCAUACUUUACAACAAGCCGGCUUAUUGCCACAAUCUUCCACAAACUCAGUGUCGGUGAAUGGUAACAACAACAACGUCAGCAACAACAACAUCAACAGUAAUAAUAAUCGCAACAAUAGACCUUCCGCCUUGCCUAUCGUGUUUGAGGAAGAUACUGGAGAGUUUCAGGAUGUUUUAGUACUCGAACAAGAUGGCACGGCAAAGUUACCGUAUCGUCAUGGUAAAAAAAUUGAAGUCAGUCUUGAAACGGCCCAGGCUAUGGCUGCUGCCGCCUAUUAUGCAAGAGCGGCACAAAAACUUGCACAAAGUACAUCAACAAAAUCGUCAGCACGCACCAGCGAUAUGACAAAUACUUCCGCACGCAAUGGUGGUUUUUGUGGUGCCUUACAGAGGGCGCCACCGCCCAUGCCGCCCGGCCUAGCGCGACGUUUAGCCAACAAGGAAAACUAUGGCAUUGGCAAGGUUAAAGUGAUGUUAAGAGUAGCAGAUACUCAUACAGACUUAGAACAGCCGCAUUUCAUGACGGUGGAUAAGAAAAAGAGACAAGUGACUUUAACUGAUCCGGCAGCUGCUUCCAAUGUGGCGGCUUCUACUUCCCAGGAACGGGGACCCAUGGUGGCGGCACCCAAAAUGUUUGCCUUUGAUAGUUUAUUUACGGCAGAAGAUCAACAGUCUGAUGUUUGUGCAUCUGCCUUGUCUGAAGUAAUCCCUGCCGUUUUAGAAGGUUCCGAUGGCUGUCUGCUUACUAUUGGUUAUCCCAGUUCCGGUCAGUCGAAGACAAUGCUGGGCGGUGUUAAUCCACCCAUUGAGUUAGGUGCCAUUCCUUGUGCCAUUUCUUGGUUGUAUAAGGGCAUUAACGAGCGACGCCAAAAGAGUGGUGCACGUUUUUCGGUGCGUGUUAGUGCUUUGGGCGUGAGUGCCACAAAACCAGAUUCAACGUCAAAAGAUUUGUUAGCAGCUCAUGCAACGGACUCUGAUGACUCUCCGGGGGUUUAUUUGCGUGACGAUUUUCUGGGUGGCCCUACGGAGUUGCGAGCCCCCACUGCUGAACGUGCUGCCUUGUUCCUAGAUGCUGCUUUAGCUGGAAGACCACAAGGUGGUCUUGAGCCUGCCAUGAUAUUUACCCUGCAUGUCUAUCAAUACAGUUUAUCACGCAAGGGUGGAGUGGCUGGUGGCAGAAGUCGUUUGCAUCUUAUUGAUUUGGGUGGCUGUGCCAAUCGUAGUGGUGGUCUUCCUUUAUCCGGCAUAGGUAACAUUUUGUUGGCCAUAUUAAGUGGUCAACGUCAUCCACCCAAUAAAGACCAUCCAUUGACGCCACUAUUGAAAGACUGUCUAGCACCGUUGACAUGUCAUGUCGCCAUAAUGGCUCAUGUUAUGCACACCCAGUCGCAUACGGAUGCUCUAACGACCAUACAAUUAGCCUCACGUAUUCAUCGCAUGCGAAGGCGAAAGCAUCGUUUUACUAUGGGUGGUGAUAAAUCAGGAGUGGGUGGUUUGACCAAUGGCAUGAAUGCUGGUCAUCAAUCUACUGGCUCAUCUGCCGGCUCAGGUGCUGACCCUUCUAGUUCAGAGCUGUCAGCAGACACAGUCAUUUAUAUGGGACCUAGUGAUGAUGCCACGGAUGGUGAACAUCCCCCUGUUUAUUUGCCGUCUUUGAGUUGCGGCGACCAACGUGGUGUAAUGAGUAAAGCUUUAAAAGGCAGUGGUGUGGAAAAACAACAACCGAGCCCCUCCAAAAUACCAGGUUCAGCUAAAAAGGUGGUGGCUCAAAAGACACCUCAAAGUCCUGUAGUGGCUGCUGGUCGUACUGGUAGUUUAAAACGCACAACUCAUGCUAACAGCCCUACGUCACAAGGUAAUGCGGCGAAUGCCUCACAACCCAUAUGUGAACAACCUCAGUUUUACUCUCCGGUGCAUAGUGUGAAAACUUUACCAAAUUCUGCCUCGUCACCCAAGAUAGUAGCGGGUGCUUUAAGACAUCCUGGUAUGACCAUGAUGUGUACUAAAGCCUCAAAUGUUCCUUCGCCCAAAGGGUCUCCUCUAAGAAGACCGGGAGUAGGUGGUGUGGCCGUAGCCACCAAUGAAGCUGGUGAAUGUCCAGGUAGUCCUAUGCGUAAAAUCACCGAAGAACAAUGGAUUGAUGGUCCGCGUGUUUCAAGAGCUAAGGUAGCAGAAGCCAGACAUCUAAUGCGUGAAGUAAAUCAUAUAAAACAGUGUGAAACGUGGAUAGAUGGUCCCAAGUCACAAUCCAGUCGUUCUCUUACAGCCGGUAAUCUUCCUAUAGCUGCUUCCCAAGUCCAAGGUUAUGGUUUUAUGGAUUCCCAUAAAAAGUCUAUGAUACGACAAUGGGUGGAAUAUCAAACUUCUCAAGUCUUCCAAACGGCCUCGGCUGGUUCUUCACCUACACAUACGCACAGAGAACAACAAGCUCAGCAUUUACGCAACAUUACCUACCAUAUGUCACAACUCAAACAAAAGUCUCUCGAUAAUCCCGAAGAUUUAUAUGCCACCAGCACUAGACAACAACAGCAUAACGCAGGAGAUCAACAUUCGUUGCGCAGCAGUCAACUGGAAUUGGUUAAUCCGAUUGGCCCUGGUCUCAUCAACAAUAUGGACACUACAAAUUCUUCCGCUCCCGCAGAAAUACGAGAAGCCCAUCAUUAUCGUCAAAAUUCCGGCCAUUCACAACCACCCUUAAGCUCACAUUUAACGCAUAACGAGACCUAUAUCAAUGAAGAGACUGAUUUACAUUCGAUACAUUCGCACGCCAAUAAUUUGUAUGGCUCUUUGGGUCAUCAUCAUGCUCCGCACAUACCCACUACAUCGGCUUCCGACACCAAUCUACCCAUUGAUCGUCAAGGUGAUUGUGAUGAAGAUCAAGAUAGUGGUCCUUCGGAAGUUCCUCCUGCAUUACCUUUAAUAGAACCUUUAGGUUCAAGGGAAAUAUCCCACGAGAGUUUGCAUCGCAUAUUAUCGCGACAUGUUUCGCGGGAAUCUCUCUAUCAACAGCAACAGCAUGAGAUCAGACGUCAGGAAGAACAGUUGGUGCAUCGUCAACUUUCGAGACAAUCCUCGCAUCAUUAUUCACAGCAAAGUAUGCAGAUGUCGGAUUGCGGUAUGCAAGUUACGGAAGAGGAGAUCGCUCGAACAAUGGGUGUGGGUGAACAUCCUUUGGCUGCUUUGAGUCAUGUGGAAAAUAUGUCCAUUGUUUCGAGUUUCAAUAUGGCUGGCGAUGCGUUUAGUGAUUGUGCCAUGGGUGAAAGAACGAGGAACCAAUUUGACCAAUUAGCGCGUCUACGUGAAAUAUUCACCUCACAGCUAGCCAUGGCGGAAGUUACACCAGUCUUUCGCAGUGGUUGUGAUGUGGGCAGUGUUUACAGUGAGCCAGCCUAUCGUUUUAACACUGGACCAGGCAGUGUGUGCAGUGAACCGCCUUAUCGAUCACCAAGUCCAAGACAGCCCUCUCGAAGUCCCAGUCAAGGCAGUCUACCCAGCUUAAAUGAUAUGCAAAUAGCGGGAAUGGAACAAUAUGCUUCCCUACGUCAUCCAGAUGGCGCCUCUGAUCCCAAUUUACCAAAAGUGGAAAAACCUUUUGUUUUGGAACAUGAAGACAUCUGUGAGGUGGACGAAAAGUCAGCCUUACUCUCACCCUCUAAACGUUCAUCGUUGGAAAACGAAGAAGAACACGAUGAUGUUGUACUCACACAACUAAACACCUCUCUACCCAUAACCAAUCAAUCCCAAUUACCUCUAUUACCCCUAAAUACCUCAUCGGAAGCCUAUGACAGUGGUCAUGAUUCCUCUACGCCUCGUACAUCGAAACACUCGGGCAUAUCGAGAAGAGCGGAAAGUGGUUAUCAUAGUGUGGCCACAGCCAGAGAUAGUGAUGAAAGUAGCUUUACUUCCGGUCUAUCUAAAGAGCAUCACAAUCGUAUAACGGUGAAAAAGAAACGACAGGAUAAAGGUUUGUGUACUUGGUUAAUAAAUCCAUUUACGUGUACUUAUCCAGAGACUGAGGGAGAAAUAAGCGAUUUUUAA